UAAGAGGGCGACGCGGCGGCCAAAGUAAAGAUGGCGGACGUGUUGGGGACCGAGUUGUCAGACGAGAAAGAAGCCGAAAUUGAGCUAAAGAAGCGACAGAAGAGACCGUGGGAGGACUUGCACCGGUCGGGUAAAAUCGGCAUUACUGCGGAGCUGCCAGAAACGUUGGGCUUCUACGACAUAAGCGCUGCCAGAAGGGAACAGCCGGAGCUCUCAGCAGAUCCGUCGUUGACACGCUUCAUUUCUGCAGAGCUCACCAGAGGUUACUUCCUGGAGCACAAUGAGGCAAAGUACACCGAGCGCAGGGAGAGAGUUUACACAUGCAUGCGUAUUCCCAAGGAGCUGGAGAAGCUGAUGAUCUUUGGCUUCUUCCUGUGUGUGGACGCCUUCCUGUACGUCUUCACCCUGCUGCCCCUCAGGGUGCUGCUGGCCCUGCUCCGCCUCCUCACACUGCCAUGCUGUGGCUUCAGGGCACGCACAUGCCCCUACUGCAGAAGAAGCAGUGGGUCGCGGCUUCUGCAGCCUGCACAGGUGUGUGACGUGCUGAAGGGCCUGAUCCUGGUGCUGUGCUUCUCCAUGAUGCAUUAUGUGGAUUACUCCAUGAUGUACCACAUGAUCAGAGGACAGUCAGUCAUCAAACUCUACAUCAUCUACAACAUGUUGGAGGUUGCAGACCGCCUCUUUUCCUCCUUCGGUCAAGACAUCCUGGAUGCUUUGUACUGGACGGCCACAGAACCCAAAGAGCGGAAAAGAGACAGUAUAGGAGUCAUCCCUCACUUCUUCAUGGCUGUCUUUUAUGUCUUCCUUCAUGCCAUCCUCAUUAUGGUCCAAGCCUCCACUCUUAACGUCGCCUUCAACUCCCACAACAAGUCCCUGCUCACCAUCAUGAUGUCGAACAAUUUUGUGGAGAUCAAAGGAAGUGUGUUCAAGAAAUUUGAGAAGAACAACUUAUUCCAAAUGUCUAAUAGUGAUAUCAAAGAACGAUUCACCAGCUAUGUUCUCCUGCUCAUCGUUUGUCUCAGGAAUAUGGAGCAGUUUUCGUGGAACCCAGACCACCUGUGGGUGUUGUUUCCUGACGUAUUUAUGGUCGUCACCUCUGAAAUUGCCGUUGACAUCAUUAAACAUGCUUUCAUUACAAAGUUCAACGACAUCACUGCAGAUGUGUACAGUGAAUACAGAGCCAGUUUGGCCUUCGAUCUUGUCAGCAGUCGUCAGAAGAACGCUUGCACUGACUACAGUGACUCAGUGGCCCGGAGGAUGGGCUUCAUCCCUCUGCCGCUGGCUGUUCUGCUUAUCCGAGUGGUGAUGAGUUCAGUGAAGCUGCAGGGAGCCCUGUCUUACAGCUGUGUGUUCCUCUUUUAUCUCGGGCUGGUAACACUCAAAGUGUUAAACAGUAUUGUGCUGCUGGGGAAGUCGUGCGUUUACGUCAAGAGAGCCAACAUGGAGGACAAACUGUUUGAGAGGCCCACACCUACCCCGUCCUCCUCUGCCAAGAGCCCCAGCAAAGCAGACCCUGCCAGAUGUUCAACACCUUCAGGUGAAUUUAAGAUGGAGCAGAUCCCUGCUACACCCUGCAGGCCUCCCCCCUCCUCUUCUGUGACCACACAGCCGACCCCCAGGACUGAUCUGUUUCCUCCCCCAACCACUGAUGACUCCCCUGUAAUCCCAGCCAACCGUCCUCCUACUCCACUACCUGAAGCCGAACCUGAACAACCUGCACCCUCGCUCUCAAAGGAAGAGGAGGGGGAGGCAGAAACAGUCUCUGAAGUGAAGCACAGGACUCCCAAAAAAGACCUGCUGGAGAUCGACCGCUUCACCAUCUGUGGGAACCGCAUUGACUGACCAGCGGCAGCCGUCGAUGUAGCGAUGAACCACUCAGGAAAGACGGAGAGCGAAGGCCUCCCAGCCCGGCUCUCCUGGCCAACAGCAACAGAAAGCGGACUAUUUAUUUAAUUCAGUGGCACUACAGUAAGUUAUUGUGAACAGGGACACACGGUGUCAGACGAUCCUGCUGUUGUUGGAGCCUGAAGUUGACAAGCCUGACAAAGAAAACUUCAGCAGGCUGAUGAACAGCGGGAGACAAAGUGUGAGUGCGGCAGACCAGUUGUUAGGAUGAACUGGCAUGUGUCAGUGUGUGUGUGUGUGUGUGUGUGUGUGUGUGUCAGUAUUUGGAGUGAGUGUUUGAGUGUGAGAAUGUGUGAGUGUGAUGGCACACAAGCACUUCCUGUAUGAGCAGCACUGGGACCAGAAGGAGAGAAGUUUCUCAGUGAGCUCAGCAGUCAGAAAGCAGAUAAACUGGUAUUAAAGGUAACACCUGAACGGUACGUUAUCAAGGGUUAUUUUUAAACUAUCAGCUCUUAUCCAACAUAUCAGUUCACAAGACAGACUGCUCAGACUGAGGUUAUUAAGAGGUUUAGGAAAGUUAAUUCUGGAAUUAGUUUAAAAAAAAAAAAAAAACGCCAAGCUGAGGUUUAGGACCGAUGAAUGUUUAACAAAAAGGCUGAAAAUAACAUUUGUUCUACACAGUUAUCUUGUCUCUAACAUUUUCCUUUUUUUACUGUGAAUUACUGGAUAGAUUUACAUUUAGGGUGUCUAAAAUAUAUUCAAAUUACACAGAAAAAAAACACUCUAAUUCUGGGUCACAGCUGGGUGGUGAGGUUGUUUCAAUCAGACGGUUUGUUUUAAAGGCAGUCACACACUGUUAGUUUAGUCUAUGCAGUUCUCCAUUGGUUGUUUUCUACACCUUAUACCUCAGUGGAGCCGGUUUUAAUUUUGAAGUGAACCAUCGAUACUUCCAACAUCAUUUAGCAGCGUAACAAAAGUGACUUCUGAGCAGUGACUUUUAAAUUAGAGCCCGAAGUAGAGCUUGUCGUUUACACAGCCAUUAGAGUAAUUUGCAGCCUUCAGCAGCUAACAGAGCUUUCAUUAAAGGAGCAAGUCAGUGCAUGAUGUUAACUGAAGCCGCCGGUCAGAUGCUGCUGCUUUUACCGGCCAGAUGUAGAGCAGAGGUCCAUUUAAAACCACACGACGAGAAAAGGUGCAGUUUGUCACUGAUAUAUACUAAACAUAACCCUAACUUCAUUUUUUGGUACAUAUUUUAAAUCAUUUUAUAUAUAUAUAUAUAUAUAUAUAUAUAUAUAUAUGGCGACAAGUCAUCUGAAAUCCAUCAUUUAAUAUCUCUAAAAUGCUGUUGAUCAUUAGAAAAGGUUGUCACUUUGUGGUACUUGAUUACAACAGAGAAAUAAUAUUUAAUCUUUCAUUACUUUUGGAGAAUGUUUGCACUGAUGGACUGUAUUAUUUAAAUACAGUCACAUGAUGCUCUAAUGUUUACAUCUUAGGAUAAUAGAAGCAAUAUUUCCACAACAAAAUGCCUUUUCUGCAUGUGUGUUUUAAGAUGUAUUUCGUUGACUUAAAUUAUUUGCUACGAACUUUCCUUUAAUUGCGAUGAUAGAUCUCUAGAUACAGAUUAUAAUAGACCCGUCAUGUCAGCGAGCGUUCAUUUGUCACCCAUGUAUGUAACUGAUUGUAAACAGAAUAUAAUUAUUCCUAACUUUUUUUUUAGAGUUUUAUGAAAGCCAUGCCAAAACUUUCAUUUGUAUCCAGUUAAUCUUUGCAUAUUUACUCCACAGCAGCUGUAAGAGGGGGGGAAGAUCAAACAAAACAUCACUCAAACUAAAUAAUCAGCUCCAAAAACUGUAAUCGCUUCUGUUUCUCUACCUAUUGGUCAACUUAUCUGGGAACAUAAAAAAGUACUUUCCUGCAUGUAAAAUACUUCAAACAAUAAUAUAUUUAAUGUUGCUUUGGCGAAGACAUAUUUUAUUUGAAGCAGAAGGAAGAUUUACAUAGUGUUUCCGCAUAUCAGCAUCUAUUGGAUUCUAUUUUGGAGAAAGAUUUCCAUUGAUGUCCAUUAUCAUUGUAAUGAGGAUGAUUGUUCUAGUUUUCGAGCUGCGAUUUGUGAUAAUGUAUUUGCACGUGAAAUCUGACUCUCCUCAGGAUUUCAUGUGGAUUUUGUCAAACGCCUCAUCUCCACUGGCCAGAGUUCAGCAUCGUAGUGUUUGGUCUGGAGGUCAGACGAACCUCAGCUGAGCUCUGCUCUCCAUGGAGACGAGGCUGAAGUGUUCUUAUGCAAGCUGCGAUGGUCUCGUACACUGCCUGCUUUGUUUCAUCAGUUUGGUUCCAUAUUUAAUUCCUACCUUGAUAUUGUAUGAAAGUGCCCCUUUGGAAUAAUAAAACUUGGUUUCUUAAA